AUGGUAUGGCCAAAGGCAGAGCAUAGAAACUGUGCAAGACACAUCUAUGCUAACUGGCACAAGACAUACAAAGAUGAAGAGUUGAAGGAGCUAUUUUGGAAAUCAACUAGGGCCUAUUGUGAAGCUGAUUACUUGCAAGCCAUUGAAGAGAUGGGGGGCAUAAACCCUGAUGCAGUAGAGGCCUUACUGAAGCAAAACCCCAAUUGGUUCAACAGGUGCUAUUUGAACACUUACACAAAAUGUGAUGUUAUAGUAAACAACAUGGCUGAAACUUUUAAUGGCUUUAUCAUCAAUGCAAGGUCCAAACACAUUAUACACAUCUUAGAGGACAUAAGGAUUCAGGUCAUGAGUAGGCUGGUUACUAAAAGAACAGAAAUGAGUGCCAGGGAUGUUGUUAUAUGCCCUAAAAUCCAAGAAAAGCUUGAUUUUUCAAAACAGGCUGCAUAUAGAUGUGAGGUGUAUCCCUCAUCAUACCAUGUGUUUCAAGUCAGGGAUUUUGAUGAUGUUUCAGUUGAUCUAGAUAAUAGAACAUGCACAUGUAGGAAAUGGGAUUUGAGGGGGUAUCCAUGUAAACAUGUUUGUGCAGUAGCUGGGUUUUUACAUAAAAAUGCAGAAGAGUUUGUUGAUGUGUGUUACCACAAAGACACAUACAUGAAGGCUUAUGAAUUCUCUAUCCCUCCAAUACCUAGUGAAAGGUAUUGGCCCAAGAUUCACCAACCUAUGGAUCCACCACCAAUAAGAUCUCAACCUGGGAGGCCUAAGAAGAAUAGAAAGAGGGAUCCUCAUGAGGAUCCAAAGAGACCAGGGAAACUUACCAAGCAUGGGGUGAUAAUGACUUGUGGUAAUUGUGGGGGUAGAGGUCACAACAAGAGAAAAUGUACUGAAGUGGGAAAUCAGCAAUCUACUACAGGGUCUGCUAAAAAGAGAAAAAGGGGACCCAAAAAGUCAAGCCAGAAGUCAACCCAACAAUCUGCUCCAGUAGGUUCACAAGGAACAACUCAGCAAUCUACUCCAUUAGCUUCACAAGGAACAACUCAGCCAUCUACAUAG